AUGGUCUGGCAGCUGCCGCAAUCCGCGUCCGAGGUGCGCACGCUGCGCGAUGCGGUGUUCCGCCAGGAGGCUGCCGUAGCAGGGCUGCAGCGGCACGUGGUGGCGCUCGCGGACGCGAUGCGGCAGAUGCAGGACGAGUGGGACCAGGCCAGCAGGGCGAUCUUUGCCCUGCAGCAGCAGCAGGAGCAGCAGCAGGAGGGGCAGGGGCAGGGCGACGGCGGCGGCGACGACACGGGGCGGCCGGGCGGGGACGAUUGCGCCAGCACCCAUAGCUUUGCUACCACGCAUUCGCUGGGCUCUACCCAGUAUUCAGCGCCUGUGCUGCUCACGGACAUCCCGGCCGUCGGCCGUGGCGUGGCGCGGGUUGGUGGCGGCGGCGGCGCCGCGUCCCGCGUGCCGCGCCUUUUCGCCGGCCCUGUCCACGGUGACAACAACGGCGCCGCCGCAGCGGCGGGCGGCCUGGCAGAGGCGGGCGGCGGCGGGUGCGAGGUGCAGGAGGAGUGCUCGAAGGAGCAGCUGGAGGAGCUGAUGCGGCAGCUGCGGGGCAGCUGCCCCACCGGCAGCGGCGCUACGGCGGCCGGCCGCGCGCAGGCCGGGACGGCGGCGGCCGUGGCAGCGGCUGGUGUGGAGCCGGAUGGCGUCGCAGCGGAGCUUGACCGGCGGCGGGCGGCGGUGGUGACGCUGGCGCUGCAUGCGGAAAGGGACGCAGAGCUGCGGGCGGCGCUGGUGGCGGCGGGUCUCCUGGAGGAGGUCGCAGCCAUGCUGGAGGGUGCGGACCCGCGCUGCACGUGGGCGGCGGCGCACCUGGCGUGGUACAUAUCCCGGUCAGACGAGCUGCGAGAAGACCUCGGCUGCGGCCGCGUGCUGGCCGCGCUGGUGGCGCUGCUGGGCGCGCCCGACCCCGCGGCCGCGCGCGCGGCGGCGCUGGCGCUGAACAACCUCGCGCUCGGCGCGGAGUGCAGGCAGCGCAUGGCCGACGCGGGCGCCGUCACCGCGCUCAUCGACAUGGCGGCCAGCUCGGACGCGAUCGGCCAGGAGGCGUCGUGCGCGGCCCUGAUGAUGCUGGCGAGUGAGGAGCCCAACAUCCGGGCCCUCAUCGUCGCGGCCAACGGCGUGCGCGCUCUCGUCGACGUGCUCAGGUACGGUGGCCCGACCGCGCAGGAGUCUGCGGCCUGCGCCCUGGAGAAUUUGUCGUUGGACGCGGCUUGCGAGGCCGCACUGGGGGAGGAGGGCGGGGUGGAGGGACUGCUGGGGCUGCUGCGCGACGGGACCCACGCGGCGCAGGCGGCCGCCAUCGGCACCCUGCGCAACCUGGCCGUCAAUGAUGACCUGCAGCUGCAGCUCCUGGCCUGCGGCGGCGUCCCCGCGCUGCUGGCCGCGGCGCGGGGCGGGCCGGAGGCGGCGACGCGGACGGCCGCGGUGGAGGCCAUCAGGAACCUUGCGGUGGGCAGCGGCGAGGCCUGCACAGCGCUCGUGUCGGCCGGCGGAGUGGGCGCGAUGGUCGAGGUCGCGCACGCGCUGCCGGGCCCCGGGCGGCUCGCGGCGCUGGGGGUACUGCUGGUGCUGUCUGUGGAGGGCCCACACAAGCAAGCCGUCAUGGCGUCGGGGGCUGUCGGCGUGCUGGUGCACGCGGCGCUGUCGGGGUCGCCCGCCGCCAAGGAGUACGCGGCCAGGACUCUGACCAACCUGGCCAGCAGCGACGCCAACCGGCUGGACAUCCUGCGCGAGGGGGCCGCAACGGUGCUCUCGGCCCUUCUGCGCGGCGGGGCGAGCGGCGGCAAGAGUGGCGGCGCAGGCGCCGCCGCCGGCGCGUCAGGCGGCCCUGCAGACAGGGCGUGCCGUGCGGUGGCCGCCCGCGCCCUGCAGAACCUGUCAAAGUGCCGGCAGCCGGCCGCGCGCCGGCUGAUGAUCGACGCUGGCUGCGUGCCCGCCCUGGUUGGCGCGCUGUCGCUCGAUGCCCCGACCGCCGGCGCCGCGGUCAGCGCGCUGAGCGCGCUGUGCGGCGCGCCGCGCGCGCUGCAGGACCUCGUCCGAGCCGACGGCGCCGGCGCGCUGCUGACGGCGCUCUCGCGCCUGCAGGGCCGGGGCCAGCAGCAGGCGCUGCGGCUGCUGCGGCGGCUGGCCAAGGCGAGCGGGGUAUGCCGCAUACGGGUGCAGGAUGCGCUGGUGGGGAUGGGGCUGCAGGCGAUGGCUGCGGGGAUGUCGUAG